UAAGCUUAAUUAAAGCAUCUCACACUUCACACUUAACCUUAAUUAUAUUCAACAAGCAUAUAAGAACCCCCUAGACCUCCACAACUCCCCUCUCACUCUUAUAACCAAACCCCUAUAUCCCUCUCUCUCUCACACACAAACACUCACACAUCACUUCUCAUGUUUUGCAUGGGCCUCAAACACAACCUCCUACCUACUAAAAAGGCGUGGAAGAAGCUCGGUUCCGCAAUCCGAACAAGAGUUUCGAAACUCAAGCGCUCGACGAUCGUCGCGCGCACGAUAGCACGGUUCAACACCGUCGACCCCACCUGCGACCGUCGACGCCGAACAAGCCGUCCCCCGAAGUCCUUACACCGGCACGGAAGCUCCGCGCCGGUUUACGUCGACGAUCUCUACAACGAGCCCGAACCGGCGCGCGUCGAGCACGUAGAACCGGAGGUCGACGAUAAGCUGGUUAAAGGGUCGAAGAAGAGUGAGACGAAUAGUCCGUUCGGUGCGCCGCUUGGAUUUUCUACUUCUUCUGCUUCUGCUUCUGCUUCGUGGGAGGCGUCGAUGCCGAGCGCGGUGAGGGGGAUGGGAGAGGUGGAUUUGAGAGCGGAGAUGUUCAUUCGGAGGUUUAAGGAGGAGAUGAGGCUCCAAAGCCAACGGUCGCUUGUGGAGUUCCAGGAGAUGUUGGCUCGAGGGGUUUAAUACGUACGUGUACGUAGCGUGAAUUUUAAAGCAUACAUAUACAUAGACUUUGAGCUCCCGCACGCUUUUUAAAACACACAAGUAAUUUUGCUUGUAAUUUUUUUGCCAUCAAAUCAUCUUUAAGAUUCUAUAACAUUAUUAAUGAUGUGUUUCAUUAAGUUUUUUUUACUAAUACGUAUUGUAUGAAUCUUGAGGCAAUCAUACGGCUAAAAUAAAUACAAAUAUGUUGAAUACCUGUGCUUUUAAAUGUACAGGAGGAGCUCAUCUCUCUCUCUACAUGUA